CAUCUUUUUUUUUCACAGUUCCAUCUGACAGUCAGCAAUCUUCAGCUGCAGAUCCCCUUUUGAGCGUUCAAGCUCGUCUAUGAUCUUCACCCAGAACACACGCGACGACUACCUCGGCGACCUCGUAUUCUCCCUCAUCGGAUUCUGAUCAAUAAAUCAUGUUUGCUCGAUCCAUCAUUCGUUUACCAACAACUCUCUCCCGGGGUUUCGCAACACACACAGGCCCUCUCUCAGCCUUACCAGCAGUCUUGCACCUUAAAACAGGCCAGUCCUUCCAUGGCCGUUCAUUUGGUUCUCCCAGAAGCAUCUUCGGCGAGACCGUCUUCUCAACGUCCAUCACUUCUUACACUGAGUCUAUGACUGACCCUUCUUACCGUGGUCAAAUUCUAGUAUUCACCACGCCUCUCAUUGGCAACUACGGUGUUCCAUCCAACAACGCACCAAUCGAUUCCCAGGACGUUGGUGUGAUCCUGGAGUCUCAAGGCAUCCAAUGCAGUGCUAUUGUAGUAGCUGAUGUCGCAGAAAAAUUCUCUCAUCAUUCCGCGGUGGAAUCACUAGCGUCAUGGUGCCGCCGAUCCAACAUUCCCGCCAUCACUGGCGUAGACACACGUGCAGUCACCCGCCUCCUUCGUGACCAAGGAACCACACUCGGUCGCCUUGCCGUUGGUACUGAUGCUUGUGCUCCUGCACCUGCCUCCGAGCAAUAUUGGGACCCCGCAGUUGAGAACCUUGUUGACCAGGUGUCGACAAAGUAUCCCUACCAGCUGAACCCUACUGGGGACAUCAAGAUCGCAGUCCUUGACUUCGGUGUCAAGGCUAAUAUUCUGCGUUCUCUCGUUCGCCGGAACGCUGCAGUCACGGUAUUGCCAUGGAACUACAAUUUUAACACCAUUCGUGACAAGUUUGAUGGUCUAUUCCUGACCAAUGGUCCCGGAAACCCGAGCCAAUGCAUGGAAGCCGUUUCGAUACUUCGCAAGACACUUCAGGAGUGGAACAAGCCCGUGUUUGGGAUCUGUAUGGGACAUCAGAUUAUCGGUAUGGCUGCCGGCCUUGAGGCAUACCGCAUGACGUUCGGCAACCGCGGGCACAACCAGCCUGUCCUUGCUCUCGCAUCAGCAGGUUCCAUUAAGGCUGGGAGGGUUUAUGUUACCAGUCAAAAUCAUCAAUAUGCUCUUAAGCUGUCUGACCCCUUCCCGCAAGGCUGGGAACCAUUCUUCAUCAACUGCAAUGACUCUUCUGUAGAGGGCAUCAAGUCCACCCCUGAGUCCGGAAAAAAGGUGUGGGGUGUUCAAUUUCAUCCCGAGAGCGCCGGCGGCCCCCUCGACACAAUUGAGAUGUUCACGGACUUCGUCGAUGAAUGCCGUAUGCAUAAAGCAGAGAAUGUCAAGAUGCCUGUGGCCGCUACCAUUGAUGUUGCCAGCUUCAUGGUGGAGCAGCCUGCCCGUGUCCAAGUUACUGCUUGAUUGAUCACUUUAUUCUACCAUAAAAAAAGUUCUCAUUUAUACGUGACCAGAUACGGUGUACGAUACUUAUUUCUGAAGGUGAUUGAUGGGUCUUGUUUUGUACUUGUAUUUCGUGGAAUUCGCGAUAGCUUGGCAAUUGUAUAAUUUGUAUUUUGUGGUUGGAAA